CAGGUGCAACCUCGGAAUUUGCGACGACGAUGGCACCGCUGACGACGCUGCCCGAGGUGCCAGCUCAUUGCACGCGCCUGUACCUCUGCCGCCACGGCGAGACGCAGUUCAACGUCGACGGCUGCUUCCAAGGCAGUGGCAUCGACAGCGUCCUGACCGCGCACGGCGCAGCGCAGGCACACGCACUUGGGCUUGCGUUUGCCGACGUUCCACUGGACGCAGUCUUCUCGAGCACGCUCUUGCGGGCCAAAGCGACGGCCGCGCAGAUCCAGCGCCACCACGCGGCCACGUCGGGCACGGUUGAUGGCAUCCAAGAAAUGCACUUUGGCGAGUACGAGGGCAAGAAGCUCGCGUCGCACCAAGUAGAGUUUCACGCUGUCGUCGACAAGUGGGCGGCCGGGGACCUCGACGUUGCGUGGCCCGGCGGCGAGUCGGCGACCGACGUCGCGACCCGGGGCACCGCCGCUCUGGAAGCGCUGCUGAGAGCCGCCCCUCAACGGCGCCACGUAGCCGUCGUGUGCCACAGCCGGUUCAACCGCAUCGUCUUGGCGUCGCUUGUGCACAACGAUUUGCGCACGAUGGCGAAUAUCGUCCAAGACAACACGUGCGUCAACGUCCUCGACUACGACCACGUGACGCGCUCGUUCUAUCCGAUUCUCAUCAACAACACGGACCACUGGCGCUACCUCGAGACCCUAUCGACGUAAUUUCAACCCUGUUUCGGUAUCCAAGCAGAGUAGGAUAUAGAGACCAGCAUCGACGACAUCAGGAGGAUAUAGCUAUCACGAUGGC